AGUUUGUUACAAAUUUAGAUACAGAGUGUCUUGUAUCUGUAUCUCCAACCAGAGAAAACACACAUAUAAACACAGUCUGUGACACAGAGAAUAAGAAUAAUAAAAAGCAAAAAUUUCAAAGGAGAGAAAUGGGGGAUAUACUAUUAUGGCUACUCUUCUUCUUCGUCCUCAUUGCUCUCCUUAUUAUGGUUGUUUAUCAGCUUAUGUGUUUCGCGGAUUUAGAAUUUGAUUACAUUAAUCCUUACGACUCUGCAUCUCGGAUAAACUUUGUGAUAUUACCUGAAUUUAUUACACAAGGUGUUUUGUGCUUGAUCUAUCUUCUAACGGGACAUUGGGUGAUGUUUCUUCUGGGUUUGCCAUACCUUUACUACAACGUGAGAUUGUACACUCGGAAACAACACCUUGUGGACGUGACAGAGAUCUUUAAUCAACUCAAUUGGGCAAAAAAGGAACGCCUUUUCAAGCUUGGAUAUCUUAUAUUUCUUCUCUUCAUCACCUUAUUUUGGAUGAUCUAUAGCGCAUUGGACGAUGAUGAAAUGUAGGUUUUGAAGCUGAACAAAGAUGCACCAGAGUUUGAAAAAGGUGCCCUCUGAUACUUAGUCUUAGAUUGUGACAAUAGAUUCCCAGCUAUAAAUUAUUGUCAUUGUUGUAUAAUUAUAAUCAUUUUUUGGUGUUUGAUUUCAAGAAAGUCAAAACAUUAGUUCUACGUAUGCAUAAUAGGAUUCAGUUGUCAUGAUGCAUGUUUUGUGAGAUUUUAUUGGACAAUUUUUCUUCUUUAACCUGUGAUAAGUUCUAAUGUAUAACCACAUUUGAUUA